CAUCUUUGCCGCUUCAGCUCUAAUAAUUGUUCGUAAACGCCGGGUUAGGGUCGCUCUCCGCGUCAACGUCAUCGGGGCCUUGACUCGUAAGGGCUCAUCAGGCCUUGCACGUGUGCGAUAUGAGGAACCUACAACGAUUUGCAAGCGCUCUGUGCGGCAGCGUACCGGGCGCGGGCGGCUCGGCGCUGCCGAGGCUUGCCGCUCCGGUCGGCGUUGCCCGCUCCCUGAGCACGCUUCCCAACGGACUCCCCUCCAGCGUCACUAUCUAUGAAGUGGGGCCCCGCGACGGGCUGCAGAACGAGAAGAAGGUCAUCCCCGCGGACGUCAAGGUGGCGUUCAUUGACUUGUUGUCCGGAGCGGGCUUCAAGGCCAUAGAGGCCACCUCGUUCGUGAGCCCCAAGUGGGUGCCGCAGCUGGGGGACGCGGCGGAGGUGGUGGCGCGCAUGCGGAAGGCGCCGGGGGUGGAGUACCCCGUGCUCACACCCAACAUGAAGGGCCUGGCCGGCGCUCUGGCCGCCGGCUGCCGCGAGGUGGCUGUGUUCGCGGCGGCCAGUGAGGCCUUCAGCCGCAAGAACAUCAACUGCUCCGUGCGGGACAGCCUCAAGCGCUUUGAGGAGGUAGUGGUGGCUGCCCGCAAGGAGGGCGUCAAAGUUCGCGGGUACGUGUCGUGUGCGGUGGGCUGCCCCAUCCAGGGCGCGGUGGAGCCGGCGGCGGCGGCGGACGUGGGCGCGGCACUGCACCACAUGGGCUGCUAUGAGGUGUCCAUGGCCGACACCAUCGGUGUGGGCACGCCCGCCUCCAUGGAGCGCAUGCUGGGCGCCACCCUGGCCGCCGGGGUGCCCGCCGCCCGCCUGGCGGUGCACUGCCACGACACGUACGGCAUGGCGGUGGCCAACAUCAUCGCAGCCAUGCGCAUGGGCGUGGCGGUGGUGGACGCCUCGGUGGCGGGGCUGGGCGGCUGCCCCUACGCGCGCGGGGCCACGGGGAAUGUGGCCACCGAGGACGUGAUGUACAUGCUGGACGGCUACGGCAUUUCCCACGGCCUGGACUGGGGCCGCGUGCUGGACGCCUCCGAGUACAUCAGCGCAGCGCUGGGCCGGCCCAACGGCAGCCGGGCGGCCAAGGCGCUGCUGGCCAGGCGGGCGGACGCGGCGGAGGCGGCGGCGGAGGCCAAGGCCAAGGAGCCCAAGGCGGCGCAGGCAGCUUAGGAGCCGCUGACGCGCUCCGGGCGCUGACGCCAACCAGUGUGUGCGCGUGUGUUUGCACCUGGCUUACAAAGUGUGUGCGCAUGUCCUUGGAGUUCCGUGCCAGUGUUUGGCGAGUUAUGAGAUCAAAGUGUCUGCGGGAUACAGCAUGUGUGUAUGCAUGUGCGCAUACAGUUUGGCACACGCCGCAGCGCCAGCACUGUACUGCGGGGGGGGGGGGCUUCACAGCGUAGGAUGCCGUACUCAAUGGCAGGCCGGGGCAGGAUGCAGGUAGGCUUCGUAGAAGGCAAGAUAUCAUAAAUGCUGCAUAGCGGGCUAACACCAAGGGCCGCGAUUUUACCGCAGCGUGUCCGAAGCCCGUUUGCACGCGCAUGUCAAACAGCCUGGCAUGCGCCGUAUGAUCGUAGGCGGGUUGGUGCAUGGGCCUACGUCCGGUCCUACGGGUGGGCUGCGCUGGGGUCCAGGGGGUGUAGUCCUCCGCUGGGUCGACUGCCUGCAGGUGCGCAUCGGCUAUGCUAUCCGCGCGGUGUGGCGUCGCAUUGAGUCUGUGUGGUGCUAUCGCCUUGGCCGGGCGCCCGGAGCGUGAGGAAUGCGCGUCAGCAAAACAUCGACACAACCUGCCAGCUACCGUCGGUACAGUAACAGCGCGCGAACGACGCACCAAUGCCUUGUCCCUUCUUGCUACGCAUUUAUGUGGGCACGGGUGGGAGCCACACACAUCGGGACUACGCUUUCCUGCCCCUUGCCAUGUUCCAUCACGUGCCCCUUGCCAUGUUCCAUCACGAGGCGGGUUGGUGCAUGGGAGCGAUAUUGGAAGGUGAGGGAGAACGUUUGUAUGGCGUCGGUGAGAUUGGGCAGUGCGAUUUGAGUUGCGGUCCUGUCAACGACAAGGAGGAUUAACGCUGGAGUAGGCUGGAGUACCGGGGCGAGCCGGGGCAAGCCUGCGGGCAUGCGUGAGCGUGCCAAGAAGUACUUGCAUGAGAGCAUGUGGAAAUGCCAGACAAAGCUUGUGCAAUAUCUUGAGGAUAGUAAA